UAACGUCAUAAGCUUGCAACAUGGCGUCCCGAAGGCUGUGAGAUGAGCAAGAGGAUGGUAAAGAACGCUUGAGAGCAGUCCUACCGAUGUAUUAAGGUUUAGGUGGUGCUCGUGUAGGAAGAGAGAGUGAGAGAAGGACAGAAGGAAGGAGGAAAUGGAACUGCCAAAUCAUGCCAAACAACUGCUGCUGCAACUCAACCAGCAGAGAACCAAGGGCUUCCUGUGUGACGUUAUCAUCGUGGUGGAGAAUGCACUCUUCCGUGCCCACAAGAACAUCCUGGCUGCGAGCAGCAUCUAUUUCAAAUCUUUGGUCCUCCACGAUAACCUCAUUAACCUCGACACAGAGAUGGUCAACCCCUCUGUAUUCAGACAAAUUCUGGACUUCAUUUACACUGGGAAGCUCCUGUCCUCGUCAGACCAGAGCAGUGAACAGAACUUCAGUGCCCUCUUAACCGCAGCCAGCUACCUCCAGCUCCACGACCUCGCCGCCCUGUGCAGGAAGAAGCUUAAGCGCAGUGGUGGGAAACCCCUCCCAGGUAAACCCUUCACUCCAGGUCCCCUCAGCCGCUUACGCCUCAACAGCCAGCGCCUUUCCUCCUCGACCCCUGCUGGCCCCAACAACCACUAUCCUCCGACCCCUUCCGAUGCCGACCAACCUCAGCCAGACGAAGGCCUUCGGGACAAACUCUCAGACGAUGAGAUGUACAUCGGCAGCUCUGGGAAGAACGGAAACGGGGAAAAAGGCAGCAGUAACGGUAACCUCAGCAGUGGAGGAAGUGCUGGGGAGCCAGACCUCGGACUGGACCUGUCCAAGAAGAGUCCCACCUCUGCGGGCACAGCCACCGAUGCCCUCAGCCCGCACAGCAUCUCCCAAGAAUCCCCUCAAUCUGCCUCAGUAUCCACAACCAACAGUGCCUCACUGGAUGACUCCUCCACCACCCUCCCAGGUGUCGACACCUGUGUCUCAGAAACCAUGGAGCUCAACUCCUCUAAAACCUCAGAGGAAACCCAAAACCAGGCCGAUGGGCCUCCGCCGCAGAAAAAAUCCCGACAGGGUGCUCGCAAGAAUGAGUGGCCUAAGAAAGAGGCGUCGGGUUUGAAGUCUGAAGAUCACGACAGGCCGCUGGUUAACGGGGUGAUUGUGGGUCCUAAAGAUGGCCGCUCUUCUGGGAUUGGAGGAGGCGGCGGCAGUGGAAGCUUUGCGUCUGACCAGUCGCUCCCGUGUAAAGAUGAGGAAGACGGAGGAGAGAACGGCCGGGACCACAGUGACGAGAGUGGGCAGAGUGACGGAGACAGUGCGGGAGGUGGAGGACGAGGAACCAGAGGGGGACACCACAGCGCCAACUACGUGUACCGGCAGGAAGGUUUUGAGCCAGCAUUUGGAGACAACCUCUACGUGUGCAUUCCCUGUGGCAAAGGCUUCCCCAGCUCGGAGCAGCUCAACGCUCACGUGGAGACACACACCGAGGAUGAGCUCUACAUUAAAGAGGAGGGAGGGACCUUUGUGAAAGAAGAAGACGAGGAGGAGGCAGAGGACCUCUCAGCCCCUGUGGGUCCCUCCAACUUUGGCUCUGAAGCCCGUCCGUUCAAGUGUACAGUCUGCAGUAAGAGCUACAAAGAUCCGGCAACGCUGAGACAACAUGAAAAGAGCCACUGGCUGACCAGGCCCUUCCCCUGCAACAUCUGUGGCAAAAUGUUCACUCAGAGGGGAACCAUGACUCGCCACAUGCGUAGCCACCUAGGCCUCAAGCCAUUUGCAUGUGAAGAGUGCGGCAUGCGCUUCACACGCCAGUACCGUCUGACAGAGCACAUGCGCGUCCACUCGGGGGAGAAGCCGUAUGAAUGCCAGCUAUGUGGGGGGAAGUUUACCCAGCAACGCAACCUCAUCAGUCACCUGAGAAUGCACUCCUCGCCCUCUUAGAAAUGCAUCAAGCCAAAGAACUCUGGGAAUAGAAAAAAAA